GGGAUGGAUGCGUUUAUUUCCAGAAAGAGGAAAAGAUUAUCUGACGAUCGAGAGUAUGUGUCGACUGCUCCAAAAUCCUGUCAGACGGACCCAGCGGCCGACGAUGAGCCUACAGACUUCAAAUUGGCGGUGCUAGCGUCGCUUCAUCCUUACUGUGACGAAGACACGCUCCUCGAAGCUUUGUUGCUGUCAGAAGGCUCAGUCAAUCUCGCAUCGCAAGCACUCAAGCACAGUAGUACGGCAAUUUCUCCACGGAAGAAAAUCGCCACUGGGAUCGGAUAUCAAUCAUCGCUAUCAGCAUUUACCACAAGCAAGGAAACACAAUCCGGAUCAUCGGGGAGCACAAAGAAGGUUCUGACCAAGAAGGGUCAAACCUUGCAUCUGUAUGCGCCAGAAGAUAUCGAGACGCAUACACCGUGCUCGAUUAUUCACAAUUUCCUCCCUUCCCAUGAAGCCGAUGCGCUACUGCUCGAGCUAUUAGAGGAAGCCCCUACAUUUCAAAGAGAGACAUUCCAGUUGUUUGGCAACACAGUACAGAGUCCUCAUACGAUGUGUUUCUAUGCGAAUUCAUGGGACGAGGCAGAGGUGCAGAAGACAGAGUAUGUUUACAAUGGAAAUUACAUCAAGGAUAUUCGGCAAACACUACCAGAAAUGCGGAAAGUUGGCUCGAAAGUGCAGGCUGCCGUCAAUGAGGAGAUACAGAGACGGAUCAAGACAUACUACGCUGAGGCUAAGAAGCUGAAGUUCCAAUCCCCACGUCCAUGGGUGCCGAAUGCUGCUUUUGUGAACUGCUAUGACGGUGGAGCGGAGAGCGUAGGAUACCACUCAGAUCAACUGACGUACCUGGGCCCACGGGCGGUCAUUGGGAGCCUCAGUCUCGGUGUGGCGCGAGAAUUCCGGGUGCGAAAAGUCGUCUCUCGCGACAGCAGUGGAGAGAAGGGGGAUGUCUCUCGAGCCGACACAGAAGGGCAGGUUUCGAUCCAUCUGCCGCACAAUUCGCUUCUCGUGAUGCAUGCAGAAAUGCAGGAAGAAUGGAAGCACUCGAUCGCGCCAGCUCAGGCUAUCGACCCACAUCCAAUUGCGAAGAGCAAGAGAAUCAACAUCACCUAUCGAUGCUACAAGGAAAGCCUGCAUCCACGGCUCACGCCGAAGUGCAAAUGCGGGGUGCCGACAGUGCUUCGAUGCGUGCAGAAGCGAACGGAGAACCGUGGUAGAUAUAUGUGGAUGUGUCAUACCAACUAUACGCCUGGUAAAGAAGGGUGCUCCUUUUUCCAAUGGGCAGAAUUUGAUGACGAUGGAGAGCCGCCGUGGGCCGGGGAUCCCAUGAAGGAAAACAAGGACAGUAUUAAGGAGCAAUCAAUCUGAUACCCGAGGCACUGCCGAGUGACUUUCGCCGGCAUUAACCAAGGUGCUAUCAUAACGGUAGAUGAAAUAUACGCUGUACCACGGUUCCUUGUGACGACGACCUUUUCACUGCCGGGGCCCUAGGGAAAUCUUUCUCAAUGUGCACAAUGAUUCAACACUGUUUGAAGGGCUUCGAUACCUUUUGGGAAGUUUGCAAGAGGUUCACAUCAAUCAUUUUGGACAAUGUGCAGGCUCGUCGAGCUACCCCAGACGGCGUCACGACGCAACGUUCGAGCCUGAGGUUUGCACCGCCAGCCGUCCCUUUCCAAAGCAAACAAGGCGGUGUGGCCGUACGAACUCGGGUUUGGAGAUGAGUCCCUGAGGCACGGGCAAUGAAGGGCGCCAAGCACGCGG